GGCAGUAAACUAUACAACCAAGCGUUCAGCUCCUCAAUUCAGGAUCCAGAAAAGUUUUGGAGUGAAGCAGCGCAGAGUAUUACUUGGUUCGAGCAAUGGAGUAAAACAUUGGAUAAUUCCAACCCCCCUUUUUACUAAAUGGUUUGUUGAUGGGAAACUUAACAUCUGCUAUAACGCAAUAGACCGGCACGUUGAAAAUGGACGAGGGGACCAGAUUGCCACCAUCUACGACAGUCCUGUUACUGGAUCUAAACAGGCCAUCACAUACAGCCAGAUACUGGAGCAGGUCUCCCAGUUAGCGGGUGUUCUGGUGAAGCAUGGGGUGCAGAAAAGAGACCGUGUUGUUAUCUAUAUGCCCAUGAUUCCCCAGGCCAUGUUCACCAUGCUGGCCUGUGCAAGGAUUGGAGCCACACACAGCCUGAUAUUUGGCGGUUUUGCAUCAAAGGAGCUGUCAAUCAGAAUUGAGCAUGCCAAGCCCAAAAUAGUGGUGAGCGCAUCCUUUGGCAUGGAGCCUGGCAGAAGAGUGGAAUACAUCCCUCUGCUAGAGAAAGCAAUGGAGCUCUGCAAGCACAAACCUCAGAAAGUCCUUAUCUAUAACCGGCCUAACAUGGAGUCUGUUUCCAUGACUGCCGGUCAGUGCUUAUACUGGGAUGAGGAGAUGGCAGCAGCUUGCCCCCAUGACUGUGUCCCUGUGUCCUCAGAUCAUCCUCUUUAUAUUCUGUAUACCUCAGGAACUACAGGGCUGCCCAAGGUACGUCAUGUAGAAGCCAUUAGCAUUGGUUAUGCAUUAUUAAAGUGCGCUGUGGUUUAAUGAUCCCUGGAAUGGGAAAGGGAGCAGGAGAUUGAGGGUUUGAAUCCCUGCUCUGCCACUUGCUUAGCAUC